UCACCUUUGGUUUUUCUCUGGUGAUUUAUUAGAGAACAUAACUCCCAGGCAAGGGGGUAGCCUUGGUCCGCAUAGAGGCUAGACUCUCCCUGAAGCUGGCAGUAGCAGCUACUCCCACGGCAGGAGGCGAAGGCCCCUCAAAGGCAAACAAACAUCAAAGUAACUCAGCAGCUGCUUCGGAGGGAAGAAGUCAGAGCUGCGAGAGCCCUUUUCUCCCCAAACGCUGAGACAAACGCCCAGGUUGACAGUGCCAGCAGCCGAAUAUUUACAAGCCAGAAUAACGAAACCCACCUCAACAGAGAAGGGAAGAGGAGGAAGUUGAGGGUAAGGAAACAGUAAAGCUUCAUGCUCCAUAAGAUACCAGACCCUUAAAAGUCAGCUUUUUUUAAAAAAAGUUUUGCCAGCAGUAAGCAAAGUGCAUCAUCCCUUUUUACACAGAACUGCUCCCCCUUUUUCUUUGAGAACUCCUCGGCCUGCUGUCUCUCUAUCCUUUUGCUUGGCUACAACUUUUGACUUGGCUGUGUGAAGCUGCAUUGUCAAAAAUAAGACAUAUAAGUAGCAGAGUGGUUUUCUUUUUUCCCUCCUCUGCAAUAACAAGUUAAGAAGAUGUUUGAAUAUUAGCUUGGUUUGAUAUACUUGAAGCUGCUAUCUGAACUAAAAAUGGCUACAGCUGCUAAAAAAGCUGCUGCUGCAGCUGCACAAGCACAGCAAUUGCAGAGGAGAUCCUCAACCUCAAUGGAGCAUAGCUCAUCAUUAUUAGAAGAAAUACGUAAAAUAAAUGCAAAAAUGGAAAGUAUGCAGACGAAUCUACAACAGGAAAUAAAAAGUCUGAGGACAGAUUUAAAACAAGACUUUAAAUCAGAAGUUAAGAAAAUCUCUCAGUCUUUGGAGGAAGUUAAAAAGGAUGUCAACCAAGCUAAAUCAAAGAUUAAAGACUUAGAAGUCAAAUCUAAAAAAUUGGAGGAAGCUACAACUAAGCUGGAUUUGCAACACGAGAGAGAUUUGGACCAAAAAGCUCUGGAAGAUCAAAAGCAUAGAGAAAACUGUCUAAAAAUCCGCGGACUGAAAGAACUUAAAAACGAAGAUUUAUAUGAUUAUGUUGUAACUACUUUAGCAGACUACAUGGAAAUCCCAAAAAUGGAAUAUCUUUGGGAAAUCAAUAAAACAUUUAGAGUGAACUCCACAUUCGCGAGGGAGCAAAAUAUAUCCAGGGACACGGUAGUUUAUUUUGUGAGGAAAAAAGCUCGGGAUGAUGUGUUAUUUCAAAGCUAUCAAAAAGAUUUGAUUAUUGAAGGUAAACAAGUCAAAAUCUAUAAAGAUGUGCCCAAAAGAAUUUUGAGGAAACGGGAAGAUUAUAAAUUCUUAACAACACAAUUGAGUAAAAAGAAGAUAUUUUAUAAGUGGGAAAAAUUAGAAGGACUUUCAGUAAACUUUAAGCAAAAAUGGUAUAAACUUAAUACAAUCCAAAAAGCUAAAGAUUUUUGGAAGAAAAAUGGGCAAGAAAUUCAGAAUACCUUUGUGAGACGAAAUAAAACAUAUCCACAGAACUCUACAAUCAAAGGCACAGUGCAAACUAGAAGCCAAAAAAAGAAGGAGGAGGCACAAGCCCAAACACAAGCAGAAAGGAAAGAUUCUUUGAAUAGAGAUGAGGAAGACGAAGACCUGGAUGAAAAUCAAGAGGAGGAGGGAGAGUUAGGAAGCGAUAGAAGAUCAUCCCUAGAUUCAACCGGAAAAGUAGAAGAAGGAGAGAAAGAAGAAGAAGAAGAAGAAGAAGGAGAAGGAGAGGAGGAGAUUGACGAUAUAUAAUGGAAAGGCAAAACCUUCGGGAGUGGAACCCUUGCACCAAAUCCAAGGAAAGUAACAAAUUGGCGAAGAAGAAAAAUAUAGAAGAGUGAUAACAGUGCAAGAAGGAAAAUUAAGGAAGACAAUACAGGAUCUAGAGACCAUAGAUAGCAGGUAUCCGACGGCAAGCAGGAAGGUUUUUUUUAAGCUUUGUUCCAAGAUUAUUUUGGAUAUAUGGAAUGUACAAUAAGCGUUUAUGUUGUCUAUAUAGUUAAAUGUUUUGUUAGAUGU